AUGGUUAAAGAUCUUUUCGCAAGCAGUAAAUAUGCUGUUGAUUCCAAAGAAUCAGAUAUUAAUACUCAUUCAUUUGUUUUUGAGGUAGACCUAGAGAUAAUAGAAAAUAAGCUGCAGUAAUGUAACCUUUAUUGUUUUAUUACUCUGCAAUUCUAAAAUCCUAUCCAAGACCAUUUCUUAAUAAAUAACAUCGAUUUCAAGAUUAUGCUUUUAGAUUAAAAUAGCUAAGUCUUAGAAUAAUACAAUAAUGUGAAUGAGCUUACGAGUAAGUAGGUCGAUAUACACAUUCCAUUGAAAUAAAAGAUGGAUAAAUUGUUUUUAAAAUUAAAAUACAUUGAUAAUGGUAUUAAUUAGUAGCAGAUCUCAUUAAUUUAAGAUACAUUUUAAACUGUUUAUGCAAGAAUUGAAAAUACAAAAAAAGAAGAGUUCUACUUAUAGCGUCAUAGAUAACUGAUUCUAACUUGUCCUAAAGGAUAGUUUGAAAAUAAUGGAUUUUGUAUAGAAUGCUCAAGUUGUAGUAUUUGUAAUUCCCUAUCAACUUAUAGUGCAUAAAGAGAAUGCUUUCUUUGUCUAUCAUUACCUCCAUACGGUUUAACAUAAAGAUUAGAUGGAUCCUGCUAAAAAGAUUGCCCACCUGGAUUGAGCUAUAAUGUUUGGGAUCUAUAAUGCACAAUUGGCUGUGAUUAGUCAUAAUGUGUUUGCAAAGACUCCAAAUGCGUUUCAUGCUUGAACAAUUCGUAUAUGAUAUAUCCAGAUUUUAAUACUUGCUAUUUAUGCUAAAAUGGAUCUACUUAAAUUGGAAACUUAUGCUUUAAAUGCAAUCUUAACUAAUUUAUUGAUCUUCCAAAUAAAAAAUGUAGUAGUUGUGAUAUUUAUGGUCCUUGCGAAAAAUGUGAUUAAAAUUAAUGUCUAAAAUGCUCUCCCUCAGCUUGCUUUGAUGGAUUUGAUUAAAAGAAAUGCAUUUAUCCUUCAAAUGAAAUAUUAAAAAUUGGAGAUUUCUGCUUUAAAAAAUCUUCGUCUUGUAAAUCCUACUCAUAAUAAUCUUUGAGGGAAGAUAAGAAAUAAAUUGUUUGUGACUAAUGCGUCAAUUCCAAAUAUAUUAAAUAUUACGAUGGAUCAUGCUAGGAAACCUGUAAAGAAUGGCAUGAAGUUUUCGAUGGUGUUUGUAUGCAAUGCAAUUAUGAUUGUGUUAAAUGCCCUAAGAUAUAUGAAUGUAAUAGAUGUGAAAAAGAUAGGUUUGUAGUUGAAGAUAUUUCUGCCUGCGCUAAAGAAUCAGAAUGUUUAGAAAUGCCAGGACAUUUCAUAAACAAAAUCAGUAAAACUUGUGAUGUAUGUAAAAUAGAUAAAGGUUACUAUUACUCUGAUGGAUAAUGUAAGAAAUGUCACUCCUCAUGUAAGACUUGCUCAGGAGGCUAAUAUAAUUAAUGCUUGACAUGCUUUGAAGGUUCAACUUUGCUUGAUGAUAAAACUUGUUUUACUUGUACAAUAAAUGAUGGAAAAUAUAUAGAUGACUCUAAAAAUUGCAAAUAAUGUCAUUAUUCUUGUAAGACUUGUAAUGGGGGAUCAGAGUUAAACUGUCUAACUUGCAAAGGAAAUCUUAUUCUUGACAAUUAAUCAAAAAGAUGUGUUUGUAAUUUAAGUAAUUGUAUUGAAUGUUCGCUAGAUGGUUUUAGCUGCCUCAAAUGCAAGGAAGGUUAUGUUGGAAGAGAUUGCAGUGAGUGCAAUAUUGCUUAAGGCAAAUACAUAUUUAAUAAUAUUUGUAAAUCUUGUGACAGUUCAUGUUAAACAUGUUCAGGACCUCUAAAAACAGAUUGCAUUGAUUGCAAAAUUUAAGCUUUUAAAGUAGACCCUAUAAAUAAAUUAUGCUAAUGUACUAUUGAAAAUUGCUAAACAUGUGAUUUAGAUGGAAUUGAAUGCAUAAAAUGUAUAGAUGGAUACACACUUAAAGAUAAAAAAUGCACUUUUUGUGACAUAUAAAAUGGAUAUUUCAUUAGUCCUGAAAAUAUUUGUUAAGAAUGCCAUUCUAGUUGCAUGAAAUGCAAUGGACCUUAUGAAAAUAAUUGUGAGUAAUGCAAAUAAAGUGGUUUUAUAUUGGAUUCGAUGAGUAAAAAAUGUAUUUGUAAGUUCAAAAAUUGUUUAGAAUGUUCGAUUGAUGGACUUCAUUGCUAAAAGUGUAUCGAGAAUUAUACGAUUAGGAAUAAUGAAUGUAUUUAUUGUGAUUUAUAUAAUGGAUACUAUUUAGAAAAUGGGGUUUGUAAGAAAUGUGAUGAAUCUUGUAGUAGUUGUACAGGCCCAACUAAAUAUGAUUGCAUAAGAUGUGCUUGGGGUAAUUACAUUUUAGAUCCAAAGACAAGCUUGUGUAUUUGUGGAAUUCAAAAUUGUAAAACUUGCUCAGUUAUGUCUUGUGCUGAGUGCAUAGAAGACUUCGUUUUAAUUGAUAAUAAAUGUGUAUUUUGUGAUUUAUCAUAAUCAAAAUUUAUUUUAAAUAAUAAUUGCUAUUAAUGCCAUGAAAGUUGUAAAACUUGCCAUGGCCCGACUGAGAGGGAUUGUGAUACUUGCUUAAUACCACUUUUUGAAAGAGACCCAAAUAACAAUAAUAUAUGCUCAUGCACAAUAAAAAAUUGUAAAUCUUGUAAUAGCGAUGGAAGUAAAUGCUUAGAAUGCUAAGAAUUUUAUGUAAAUUAGUAGAAUUUCUGCUAAUAUUGUGAUGAAAAAAAAGGUUAUUAAUUUAAUAAAAUCUCUAACUAAUGUGAGAAAUGUCAUGAAAGUUGUAAAACUUGUUUUGGCACAUAAAAAACAGAAUGUUACGAAUGUAUAAAACCAAAUUAUAAACCUAACUUAAGCAAUAUGAAUAUAUGUGAGUGUGCUUUAUAAAACUGUAAAAUGUGUGAUGAAGAUGGCAUUACAUGCUUAUAAUGUUAGAUGAAUUAUUAUCAAGUAAACGGGAUAUGUUAAUAUUGCGAUAUAUCCUAAUUUAAUUAUGAUUAAUUCAAUCAAAAAUGCUAUAAAUGCCAUGCUUCAUGCUCAACUUGUAAUGGACCAACAGAAAGAGAUUGCAUAAAGUGUUUAAAUGACAACUUUGUGUAAGAUCCUUUAAAUUUUAAUAUUUGCAAUUGUAAAAUAAAAAAUUGUUAACAAUGUUCAAUUGAUGGAGCAUUUUGUUAAAAAUGUUCUGAAAACUUUUAUUUAAGCAACUCUAAAACCGAAUGCUUUUAAUGUGAUAUUUAAAAUCAAUUUUUUAUAGAUAAAUAAGAAAAUACUUGUUUAAGUUGUCAUGGAGAUUGUAAAACUUGUAGUGGUACAUAGAAAAAUGAAUGUUUAAGCUGCUUACAUAAAGGAUAAUUUUUAAAUGAGAGUAAUUUUUGUGUCUGUCCAUAAAAUACUUGUUUAAAAUGUGAAUUAGAAGAAAUUACAUCAAAAAAAAUAUGUUAGUGCGAGUAAUGCUAAUGUGAUAUAGAAAACUGUGAAUAAUGUAUUUCUCAAGAUGAAGAAACUUGUGAAGUUUGUAAGCCUAAUUUUAUUUUAAUUGAAAAUGGAAAAGUGUGUCAAAAACAAAAAUAUUGCAAAGUCGAAAAUUGCUUGUAAUGCUCCCUAAAUUCUGAUAAAAUAUGUUUAAAAUGCUAAAAAGGGUUCUUCUUAUCAGAAAAUAAUAGAUUUUGUGAUCUAACUUUUAAUGAAAUUAAUUUAUCUUAAUAAUUUCACCUAAAUAUGCAAUUGACAGACGAAGGUUAUAAAAUAAUUUUAUAAUUUGAAAAACCGCUUUUAAUUAGAGAUGAAAAUAACUUUGAUUAAAUUAUUGAAGUUCAGAUCACAUAAAUUAAAAGAGAAGAUUAUAGCUAUAAGAUAAAAAAAGCAUCUGAAAAGUAACUGAAAAUACAUCUUAUGUUAAAUGUAACUUGUAAAGAAGAAAGAGGAAUUUUGAAAAUUAAAGAUGAAGGUUUUAUCUAACUAAAUUAUUUGUCUAAGACAGAAGAGACUGUGGUCUUAGAAAAUUUUGUUAAAUUGAAUCAAAAUUAAAAGGAGCAACAGAAAAAUAUUCAGGUAGCUAGCCAAAGUAUAACAUCAACUGUUGUAGGGACUGUUAUUCCUUUAGCCCUCCUAGGUAACUUUUACAUAGUUUUUAGCAUGCUUGAUAUCACUGGAUUGAUAUACUACCUUCUCUAUCUUGAUAUCAGAUAUCCCUUUAAUGUUACUAGUUUUUGCAGUCUCUUUUAAAACUUUUAAUUUGCUUUCAUCCCUAAUAUGCUUUUAAAGUUCUUAGAUACUAAUUAUGUGUAAUGGGCACCUAAAAAAUUUAUUGAAAAUGAAUCUGAUGGCUAUUUUCUUCAUGGAGCAGGGCAAAGCUUUACAAUUAUUACUAUCUUUAUGGUGAUAUACACUAGUUUAAAGAUCCUACAACUUAUUCCAAUUAAAUCGUUUAAUAAAUAUAUUACUGAAAAAAUAAGAGGAGGAUGGGAAUAUAGUGGAUUCAUAGAUCUAAUAGGUACAGUUUACCUUUACGUUUUAGUUUCAGUUCUUCUACAAGUGUACACCUUUGAAAUUUAUGACAAUUCUUCUCAGAUUAACUAUAUUUUAUUUGCUAUUUGUUCUUUUGCUGUCUUCGCUAUACCAAUAAAGUUUACACAUAUUAUCUACAAAUCCAAAAAUGCUAAAGAUGAUACCUUUCUAAAUCAGAGACUCGGUUCUUUAAUAGGAGGCUUGAAACUUUUCAACUAAGACGAUUAAAUAGAAUUUUAAGAUAUUUAAAAUCAAAACGAAGAUCAGGAAAAUAUCAAUGAAAAAAAAAAUUAAAAAACCAAAAAAUCUUAAUUACAAUUAAUUGAAGAGGAAGUUUGUGAUAAAACAAUAGAAAUAAAGAUUUUUUCACCUAAAGAAUCAUAUAGAAGUUAAGAUGGGAAUAUACUACAAAGUUAAAAUUUAAAUAUCUAUGAACAAUAGCCAAAAGAAGGUUUUUGUAUUAAUUCUUCGAAAUGUGUAGACUAAUUUAAGCAAACAUCAAAUUUUUUUGGAACUGAAAAAUAUUCUUCAGCUAACCUAUUGAAUAAAAAAACUAAAAGACAAAUGUUAUAAAUAAAAUUCAGUAAGUAUACUAACAUGCUUUUGUACUUUAGAAAAAUAAUAUUUUCAUGCAUAGUAGUAUAUCUACAUGAUUACACUUAUGUUUAGGUAUGUUUGCUAUCAGUUUUAAGCUUAUUUGUUGGAGCUUACUACUUAUACGUUAUGCCUUAAGUUAGUAAUUUUGAUAACAUCAAAAAUGGAGUCAGUGAACUGAUAUUAAUAAUAAUUAUAUUUUCAGCUGGGUUAUUAAAGGAUGACCCAAAGGAAUAAAAUGAAGAAGAAAGAAUAAAUAUUGGAUGGAUCUUUGUUUCUUGUACAGCUUUUAUAAUCAUGGUUUAAGCAAUUGAUUUGAUAAUUGAGCUUUUUAAAUCUCUCUUAUAACCAAUCUUAUCUUUAUGUAGGAAGAAAGCAGCUAAGACAGUUCCUUCAUUUGAAUAGAAGGCCAAAAAGAGAAGAAAAAGUGUUAAGCAAAAAGAAAAUUUUAUAUCUGAACCAAACAAUAUUUAAAUUUAACAAAAUAAAUUCAUAACAUCACAAAUAAACUUAAAGAGUAUAGAUCAAAUUGGUAAGUAUGAUGAAUAAAACCCUCCAAAUUUAGGAGAGUUUCCUAAUAGUGCUACAAUUUUAGAAGAUAUUACACAAUCUAUUCCUAUGAAUCCUAGAAGAAAACGAAUUAAAUUUUUUAAUACUUAAAAUGAAAAAUAGUAACUUUAAGUUAUCUCUAUUAAACCUAGGAAUAGUAAUUUAAAUGUAAAUGCUUAAUCUCAUGACUCUAUAGCUUAAAUUUAUGAUUAAAAUAGCAAUAUAUAACCUAAUUCUUCAUCUAGAUCGUACAUUUAAGAUUUUUCAUCUGGCUAGUUUAUUAAAUCAUGA